UAAACCCAGGCGCAAAAUCUCAUUACUCUCAGGGUCUUCCAUCCCGUCUGACGCUCAAAGGCAAGAAGAAGCAGAAGAUCCCAUCGCCUUACUCCUCCAGUUAAGAAGAUGGCUCAAUCAGUGAAGCCGAUCUCGAGCCCAGUCCCGGAGCCGUGGUACCCAACGCUGGCCGUCCUAAUGCUCGCCGUUGGCCUGAUCGUCACUGCUUCCUUCUUCAUUUAUGAAGCUACCUCUUCAAAGAAGAAUCGUAGUCUUGCUAAGGAGCUCACUACUGGGGCAGUGGCAUCUGUCUUCUUGGGUUUUGGAUCCUUGUUCUUGCUACUUGCUUGUGGGAUUUAUGUUUGAUUUCUUUAUGUUGGAUGGCUUAAAAUUUUGUUAAACCAAAUGAGCUAGAUAAUGUUUUUGUGACAUUGUUGAAACUUGUACUUUCUCAGUUAUAAGGGAAUUCGUAUAACCUGGUUAGGGAUUAAUUUCGCUAUUUUAGUUUUGUUCGACAUUCCAUAAUGUGGAUGAGAAACUCCAAAUUAUUAUUUUUUUCUUUGUUUUGGAGUUGUGGGAAUGAUUAUGUCCUGGAAUACCGAUCUAUUGAGGAAAAACUUGAAGCUGAUUGUAUAAUAUUGGAUCUUCCCCUCCAACGCGACAGAAAAGGUUGCAUUGAA